AAGAUACUGGACCCACUAAACAUUGGACGCCGGAUAGACGUGCAGAUCAUGUCUAUAUUGGGUCCGUGACAUGGAAAAGACGUGACUACGACGUCAUAUGCGCAGUGGGGAAGUGAUAUUCUUAUGAAGAACUAGGAAGAAGGAAGUCUUAAAAUCCUUACCGGAUUUAAUAAAAUGUUUCAGCUCCUAUUUUGGAUUUUAGCCAAAAGUGCAGCAUCUUUUAUGGUAAGCAUACCAAAUAAUGACUUGAUUGCAGUCAGGGGUCAUCCAGCUAUACUGGGUUGUCAUUUUACACCUCACCCUGACCUCUCCAGCCUGGCUAUAGUGUGGCAACGCCAGGAGGAUUCACAAGUCGUGCACAGCUUCUAUUAUGAACAGAACCAACUAGACCAUCAAAGUCCAGAAUACCACAACCGGACAUCAUUGUAUAUUCCAGAGUUUGGUAAUGGAAAUGCCUCUCUCAGGAUAGAUGGAGUUGGACUGAAGGAUGUGGGCUGGUACCUGUGCAAAGUGAACAACAUUAAUGGGAAUGGAAAAGGCAAAAUAAAACUUGACUAUGGAGCCUUUUAUUCUGAGCCCAGGUUGAGCAUUCAUGUGAACUCCACCACAGUCGUAGUGCAGUUUGAGACAGAGGGUUUUCCCAAACCUGAGGUCAUCUGGCUGGAUGAACAUGGCCAGAGACUCAUUCAUCACCUGGAGCUCCAUGACCAGACAGAAGAUGGACUUUAUUUAGUAAGGAGCAGAUAUGAGGCCCAAAAGCCAGCGGUUAAUGUUACAUUCACACUAAAGAACCACCUCCUGGACCAGAGCCUUGAGAGACCUGUGAUCUUCAGCUAUGUUCCAGGAGAUGCUGGAGGUGGAAGCAUUGCAGCCAUAUCGUCAGUUGUAUGCGUCCUUUUAGUUGGGAUUAUUAUUGUUGUUUACAUGAAGGCAGCAGCAAGGAGCAGAUGGACAGUACCUUUAUUUGAUAAAUGCCAGAAGCAGCCGUAGCCAAUUCAACAUGUUCACAAUAUAAUACUCCUGAAAUGUGCAAAGAGAGCCACAGAUAUAAAAAAAUAUAAGCAAUAUUGGGGUCUGAAAUGGUCUAUGGGUUACGUAUCAAAAUGGCUAUAAACUUUUCACAGUAUGCUUUCAUCGUUAAACACUGUACCUUUGCCACUGCAAAACAGUGUAACAAUUACAACCAACAGAAUUUUAUUUCUUUAUUUAUUUUUAAUUUAUUAAUUUUUUCUUUAUUUAUUUAUAUGUAAGUGUGAUGUGGUGCUGCUAAAUAAAGUGAACUUGA